AUGAUACUGACAGCCUUCUCCGGAUCCGGCAUAUAUGGUCCGGACUCAGGAGACUCACAGAUUAGCAACUAUGUUGUCUCAUCCUACACGCCUACGCUAUCCACACUACUCCACCCACCCAAAGCUGAUCCCAUCUCAUCCUUUAGUCUAUUGUCCGUAAUCCAAUCCUCAGCGCCUGGAGCAUCCUCUAUUCCCAGCACCAAGCAAGAGUUGGAACAUAUUCAACAGCGCCUUGCCAAUCACGACCAUGUUGUGCUCGAAGGAGAGGCGGGUACUAAAAGGCGGGUAGUAAAGGCUAUGGAGAAGUGUAACUGGCUUCACCUAGCGUGUCACGGCAUCCAGAGACCAGACGAACCUACCAAAAGCGCACUUUUACUUGAGGACGGACACCUUACGCUUGACGAAAUCAUCAAACUCAACCUUCCCCGAGCGGAAUUUGCGUUUCUCUCUGCCUGCCAAACGACGACUGGGGACGAGAACCUCUCGGAGGAAGCGGUUCACAUUGCUGGUGGAAUGCUAUUGGCCGGGUAUCGCAGCGUAGUGGCGACGAUGUGGUCUAUUCAAGACGAACUCGCGCCUGUGGUGACGGACGAAUUCUAUAGACAUAUCGUGGAGAAUGGGGACCGACCAGAUUCUAGGAAGGCUGCAGAGGCAUUGCACCUUUCGGUACAAAAUCUUCGCAAGCAGCCGGGCAUUCAACUCACCGACUGGAUUCCAUUCGUCCAUCUAGGCGUUUAA